UAGUCAAAUAGGGCUCUUAAGGGUUCCGGAUAUCUGUGGUGACAUUUUCUGUCUGCUGCAGCACCAUGUGGCAGCUACUACUACCGACAGCUCUGGUACUUACAGCUUUCUCUGGCAUUGGAGCUGGUCUCGAAAAGGCUGUGGUGACCCUAUAUCCUCAGUGGGUCAGGGUGCUUGAGAAAGACAGUGUGACCCUCAGGUGCCAGGGCACCUUCUCCCCCGGGGACAACUCUACCAAGUGGUUUCAUAAUGAAAGCCUCAUCUCACACCAGGAUGCCAACUAUUUCAUCCAAAGUGCCAGCGUUAAGGACAGUGGGACAUACAGGUGUCAGACCGCCCUCUCCACGCUCAGUGAUCCGGUGCGCCUAGACGUCCACAUGGGCUGGCUAUUGCUUCAGACCACUAAGUGGCAGUUCCAGGAGGAGGACCCCAUCCAUCUGAGAUGCCACAGCUGGGAGAACAAACCUGUACAUAAGGUCACCUACUUACAGAACGGCAAAGGCAGGAAGUAUUUCCAUAACAACUCUGAAUUCCUCAUUCCAAAAGCUACACACAAAGACAGUGGCUCCUACUUCUGCAGAGGGCUCAUUGGAUACAACAACAAAUCUUCACCAUCCCUUCAUAUAAUCAUAGGAGAUCGGACAUCUCCAUCCACUUUUCCACCAUGGCAUCAGAUCAUAUUCUGCCUGCUGAUAGGACUCUUGUUCGCGGUAGACACCGUGCUAUAUUUCUCUGUGCAGAGGGGACUUCAAAGUUCUGUGGCAGACUAUGAGGAACCUGAUCUCCACUGGAGCAAGGAACUUCAGGACAAGUGAGACCUUAUCUCAUGGGAUGCUGACAGUAAUGGUGUAGAGCCUACAAGCCUCCCUGUGGACCUGCACCUCACCACCUGCACUGGGCACCAUGCGUUGAGCAGCAGGAAUAAUACAAGGCACCUUCCUAACUGGUUUUUGGUUUUGUUUUUUGUUUUGGCAUUGUAUGUUUUUUUGUUUGUUUGUCUCUCUCCAAUGGACUAUCUCAGGGAAAAGGGGAAAGCCUGGGGUUUUCAAGGACCAACAGUGAUGCAACAAUGGGCACGCAGAUGCCCUCCAAAGAAGCAAGGCUUCAGAAUAUUACGUUUUCUCUGCCCUGAACACUCCGCCAGAGUAAAGCAGUAGCCCGCGCUCCGGGUGGGGACCCUUUCCGUGCUUAGCAACUGCUCCUAAAUAAACAUCUGUAGAAAAGUGAA